AUGGCGCCCCAGCACGCCCUCGUCAGCUUCUCCCCCGUAGAGCUGUUCUUUUUGCGCAGGGCCCUGACACAGACGCCCCCCAUCCGCCGCGAUGUCACCAAAGGGCCCAGCGACUUUCGCUCCAUGCGCGCAGAGUAUGACGUCUUGCCCACUGCAAACGGAAGUGCGCGCAUUGCCCUCGAGGACGGCACAGAGGCCCUUGUCGGCGUCAAGGCCGAGGUGGAAAAGACGAGCCAGCUGCCGACCCUGGGCGAGCCAGAAGAUGUAGACAUGGGCGACGGCGCCGACGAGAACACGGCCAAGGGCCAGAAUGCGUGGGUCGACAUAACCGUCGAGAUACCGGGCUUCCGAGAGGACGAUGCCCUGCCCGUGUUCCUCGCUUCAAUGCUCUCUGAGAGCCUGCUUGCGAGUGGCGAGCUCAAAGACCGGCUCUACAUCAACAGGCGCUUUCACUGGAAGCUCUACAUCGACAUCCUCAUGCUCUCGCCGCCCCUCUCCUACCCGCUUGCCAUGCUUUCCAUGACCUCCCACCUUGCCCUUCUUACCACACGCCUCCCCGCGCUCAAGUCGGAAAAGGACGAGGAUCCGCUCUUUGACGACGACUGGGACGCAGCCGUUCCCCUGUACCCCAAGCAGGCAGGAACAAACAAGACUUCGCCUCAACUAGGGAAGCCACCCGUCAUCGUACUAGCCAUGGCCGUUGGCGCAAACAUCAUCUUCGACCCGGCCCCGGAGGAGCUAGCAGUCGCAGACGCUGUCCUUGCCGUUGCAUGCACAAAUUCGACAAACUCCGCUACGGGUGCGCGCAUCGUCUCGAUACGCACCAUUGACCCUCCUUCCCAUCUUACACCACCAGGUGUGCCCAACUCGAUGAACACUGCCACUGGCGGUACUGCUCCCACGUCGACUGCCGACGCCCUUACGCAGCGCGAGCUGCUGGCGACAUCAGGCGUAUGGACACCACCUCGGGGCGGCAUGAAGAGAAGUUUGAUUGCGCAGGUGACCAAGAUGGUAGUAGAGAAUGGCGGGGUUGCUGAAGAGGUCAUUGGCGCAUUGGCAGCCAUUGAAGUUGGCUGA